GCAGGGCGGGACUGGACCAGCCCACAGAUCCUCCAAAAAAAAAAAAAAAAAAAGUUUGGCUGUUGCAAAACUCAACUGAAAUCACGAGAUAUCCUUUCGUCCAAACAGAACUGACAUCUGUGCAGGCAGAAGCAGCAGACAGUGGGAUCAUGGCAGAAACAGCAGUAUCUGUGGAGGCCCAGGGAGGCGCAUCCCACAGUCCUCUGGUGUCCGUCACCUUCCAGAGGAACGAACAAAGGAAGAACAAGUACCUGGAGGCCGAGCCCAAAGCCCUGGGGAUCACUCAGAUCGGCCUCAGUGUGUUCCAGGCCAGCUGUGCAGGAGUGUUCCUGGCUAAAGGCCUCAGUCGAUAUGAUAUUGACAUAGUUUUCUUCAUUUCCAGCCUCCUGAUUGCGAUAGCAGGAAGUGUGGCUGUGGCAGCGAAGAACCUCCAUCUGCCCACACUGAAAGCCUGUCUGGGGAUGGAGGUUUUGGCCUCUGUCGCCGCUGUCUUCAACUUGGUCUAUAACAUAAUUAAAAUGAGCGAUUUUCCCCAUUACUGCUACCAUUAUUACUAUGACAACCACACCCAAAACUAUGGAGAAUACUGCCGAAAAAUUGAGGCCGCUCAUAGCCACUUCUUCGCUGAGGGUGUGCUCAUCCAGGUUGCUCUGUUCGCCAUCUCCGUCACGCUGGUUGCCUACACCUGCAAAGUGGUCAACUGCUGCUCCCCAGCUCCUAAAGUGCCGGUGAUCACUGUACAAGCCCCUCCUGCCCAGCAGUGAGGAGACAAACUGGAUCAAUAGAAAGGACAGAUACACAACGUACAUUUCUGUUGACCUGAUGGAUCCAAUGAUACCUGUGUGUAAUGUGAAAGGAACAGUCACUGCAGCUAGGUUUGGUUUGGAUUAGCACCUACUGAUGCCCAAAAUGACUACUUUAGCUUUAAUACAGCCAGAUAAUGGUUUCACAAAUUAGCCGAGACACAAAUACAUUUAACAACUGUGUAUGUCUCAGUUCGCGACAUAUAACUGCAUGCUACCAUGUUUACCAUCACAAGUAUAUGUGAAGUGUUUUGCUUUUUGCUUAUCCUACUGCACACAAAUGUACGACGGCGUAUUAGGGCCACAUAAGAAAAUAAAAACGCUUGUCAUUAUGAGAAUAAAGUUGUAAUAUUUCAAGAAUAAAGUCAUUAUAUAAGGCAAGUUUAUUUGUAUAGCACAUUUCAGCAA